AUGAUCCAAUACUUUGUCAGUCAGUUAAUAGAACAACAUUUAGAAAUGUGUAUAGCUGAGGAAAUAAAUCAAGGUUUUGAAGAAACAAGAAGUGUUUAUUAUAUGCUUCAACAGCCAGUUAUUCGACCUGAUAAAUCUUUAAGAGAUAAAAUAAAUGAAGAUGUUGAAAUACAUACAGUUUUAGGCUCUGAUGAUAUUGAAAAUGUUCCCAUAUCAGACAUUGAAUUAGAUGUAGGAUCUGGUAAAACAGGACCUAAAGAUUUUGAACUUCUCAAAGUUUUAGGGAAAGGUGGCUAUGGAAAAGUUUUUCAAGUUCGAAAAAUAACUGGAAAAGAUGCUGGAAAAAUAUUUGCUAUGAAAGUUCUGCGCAAAGCCAGCAUUGUAAAAAAUAAGAAAGAUACUGCACAUACAAAGGCUGAGCGUAACAUAUUGGAAGCAGUUAAGCAUCCUUUCAUAGUUGAUCUGCACUAUGCUUUUCAAACUGGUCGAAAAUUAUAUUUGAUUUUAGAGUUUUUAAGUGGAGGAGAGUUAUUUAUGCAUCUUGAAAGAGAAGUUAUGUUAUUAGAAGACACAGCUUGCUUUUAUUUGAGUGAAAUAAUAUUAGCUUUGCAACAUUUACAUCGUGAAGGGAUUAUCUAUCGAGAUCUGAAACCUGAGAAUAUUUUAUUAGAUGCGGAGGGUCAUGUGAAGCUCACUGACUUUGGCCUUUGUAAAGAGUCUAUAACAGAUGGCUCAAUAACUCACACAUUUUGUGGAACAAUUGAAUAUAUGGCUCCAGAAAUUUUAACACAGAGUGGACAUGGACGAGCAGUUGAUUGGUGGAGUCUUGGGGCUUUGAUGUAUGACAUGCUGACAGGUUCACCUCCUUUUCAAGCUGAAAAUAGAAAAAAAACAAUUGAAAAGAUUUUGAAGCAUAAGCUGAAUUUUCCUCACUAUGUCACAUCUGAUUCCAGAGAUUUAAUCAGAAAGCUUUUGAGAAGACCAGUUAAUCAGAGGCUUGGCAGUGGUCCGGAGGAUGCGGAAGCAAUCAAAUGCCAUCCAUUCUUUCGCCAUGUAAACUGGGAUGAUGUAUUAGCUAGAAGAGUAGAACCUCCAUUCAAGCCUCCCCUGGUUAGUGAAGAUGAUGUAUCCCAGUUUGAUCCAAAAUUUACAAGUAUUGCACCCUAUGAUAGUCCAGAUGAUUCUUCACUAAGUGAAAGUCAGAAUCAGAUAUUUUGUGGAUUUUCUUACAUAGCACCAUCCGUAUUAGAUGAAGUAUUUCAUAGUAAAUCCAGGUCACCCAUAAAAUAUGGUCUCAGUCCAAGAGGUGCAUUCAGCCCAUGUCGAGCUUCUCCACAUUUUAAUUAUGAAAGCCCCAAACCCUCACCUAUGCAGUUGGAGGAUCAUAUCCCACAGGCUGUUUCAAAUGUUGCUCAGCUCCCAAGAUCUCCAGCAAUACCAGUUCGUAAUAGACACAAUGUAAAAGUAUAAUGAAUUUUGAAUCUUUAGAUAUUUAUUCAACAUAGAAUUUCCUAAUGUUUUUUUUAAUUAUACUGAAAAACUUCUCUAAUGGGCGGUUCAUGAUGACAUUCAUUGUUGUAAAGAAAGUUAAGAAGUGAAAGAGAGAUGGAGAAGAAGAAAAAAAAGGGGGGCCUGAUUUUGGCUGCUAAUGCAUUUUGUGCAGUAAGCACUCCACUGUACAGUAAACAAUAAAUGUACAUUCAUACAUAUAUGUUAUAAGUAUUUUUGAGAGAGUUUUAGUAAGUAAUGUAUAUUUAAUUACUUUAGAUUUGUUAUAAUAGUCUGCAUAUACAGUUUUAUAAAUGCUAAGUGAUUCUCUCAUUUAUUUGUAUGUGAAGUUAAAAAAAUCAUGCAUAUUUUUUUUAAUUAAUCCAAUACGAAUUCUAUGUUUAUAUUUUCUUUAAAUGUGUAUUUUGAGAAAAUUUUUAUAAUUAAACAAAUUACAGAAAAAGCUCAUUUUUUAUGUUUUAUGACUUUCCUAUUACUGUUGUAUUCCAUUUUGAAAAGCUUUAUGUGGAAAUUUAAGAAUUUAAUGUAAAAUAUAAAAAUUUUUAGGUCCAAUUUUCUACCUAUUUUUAUUUUUAAUACAUUAACAUUAGAAUUCUGAGUAUUUUUAUAAGAAUUCAGAUUAUGUUCAAAGUAGUUUUCCAUGAUUGUUUAUGGAAUUGUGUAAAAACUAAGCUACAUGAUAAAGAAUACAAAUAUUUCUUAAUGGAAGAAAUUUAUUUUUAUUUUUUAAAUAUAUAUAUAUAUAAUAUAUCUGUAAAUUUAAAGUACCAGUUUUUCCUGUGUGAGGCUUGUUUUGGAUUGUUUUGAUUAAUUUGGCACAAGCAAGGAAGUAAUGAAUAUUUGCGAUUACUAAUAUGUGAAAUAUUGUAUUUAAAGAGGAUAUUUAAAAAAUAAUAAAACACCAGAUUUGUAUGAGUUUUGAGUUUGGUAUAGUAUAUUAAACUGUGCUUCUGUGAUUUGAUAAGCUUUAGUUAUGCAAAAUUUUAUUAUAUACAUUAUUCAUAAAUCAAACAAAAAUUUCCAUUUAAGAGCCAUUUUAAUGUACUUUUGUUUUUGUAUUAGUUAAUUGCUAUGUUACUUAAUUUUUCUAUAAUUGGGGAUACAUUGCCAGUGUAUACAUUAUCUGAGAACAUAUUAUUCAGACUGUAUAGGUUACCUUUAAGUUGACAGGUAAUGAUGAACAUGAUGUUCAGUUUGUAUUUGGACAACUGCUUGUGUUUAUUAAUUAAUAUGCAUGAUCUUAUUUAGAAUGGCUCUAAACUUGUAUACUUUCCAAAAAUUUGCAUUUUUGUUUUUGAAAAAACUAUUCUUGAAAUCUUCUGAAAUGGAGGAGUUCUGUUCCCUCUUCUGUUUCUUAUUAAAGUUGUGUAUUCCCUUCCCAUCAUUUUUGACUUGAUAUGUAUUUGAAGUUCAUGUAUUUUAUAUCACAGUUAGUGAAUAUAUAUUUUGUCAAACUGUUCUUUGAUGUAUUUGAUUUAAUAAUUAAGUAUUUAAAAUUUUUUAUUAAGCAUGUGUAAUAUUUUGUUUUUAGUAUUGUUUCUAAGCUGAAUUUUAAGUAUGUAACGUAUGUUAGUAAAUGAUUGUGUUCAUUAUUUGAUUACAGUAGAAAUGUAAUCCAAUAGAAAAGCAUCUCACAAUAUAACAUUAUAUGAAAUGCUUUUCGGAUCUUCCCCAAUUCGGAGAACUGAGCAGACAAAUAGGGCAUUUAUUCCAGAUUGGUAGUGCAAAACUAAAGGGCCAAUAAAGAUGAUAGCAACUGCCUUUCACCUCUUUAAGCUCCAUAACUUUUAUAAAAAUGGAAGCUUCAUUUAUUAUAUUUUUAAUUUAUCUGCAAAAAGAGGGGGUGGAAUCUUUGGGAUUUAUUUUUAUUUAUUAUUAUUUUAAACACUGAAAUGCUUAAAUGUUCAGUAUUCCACUCUCUAUAUGAAUAUACGUAUAUGUUAUAUACAUACACACAUGCUCUCAUAAAAGACUUAAUCAAGAUUUUGUUUCUCUGUUUCGUUAAUUCAUUUAUUGCCCUAAACGUAAAGCAUUUCUACAUUUCUUCUAACUUUAAUUGCAUUAUUUAAAAAAAAAUAUUUACCGUUGUAAAUAAGAUACUGUUUUUAUUUUGCAGACACAAUGAAUUAUAAAAUAUCUUGCAUCUCGGAAGACCAAAGUUUAUUAAAAAAAAUGAAAAACUAAUUGUAUUUCUUCAUUGUAUAUGUUUUGUUACCUUUGGGUGCUAUGUGAAAGUAAUAGUCGUGUACAUAUUGUUGUUGUUAUUAUUUGUAAAAAAUAUACUUCAGUGGGUGAUAUUGGUUUAAAAAAUGUUAUUGAAACCUUUAUUGUAUAUUUUAUUAUUUAUUUUUGAAAGUAUUUGCAAUCAUGUUUAAGAAAAAUAAGAGUGUAUUGUAAUAAAUGAAUAAUUUGUAUAUUAGCUUUUCCCAUAAAUUGAUAUAUAAUAAAAUAUAUACACUUUUAUCAGUAUUUUAUUAUUGUUAAUCUAUUAAAUAGUUCAGUUUCCAUAUUUAUUAUUUUAUUUUAUAUACUGUCUUUUCUAAAUUUUAUUUGCCAACUCUUAUAUUUUUUUUUUUUUUUUUUUUAUGUUUUGAUUAUAUUUUCCAUCUAUUUUUUUAUGCAACUUAUUGGUUAAAAAGGUUUUGACAUUUUUUUCACUUUAAAAACCAUUGUUGAAGUAUCUGUUUUCAUAUUUAUCACAUAUUUGCCUUAUUCUUGCUGGUUUUGAAAACGUUUAACAUCUGUUAAUAUUUUUCUUUCUCUUCAUAGAUACUAACUAGAUUAGGAGCUCUUUUAUUAUAUUGUUUAUGACUGAUUGUGUAAUCCUUGGAUACUUAUUUCAUUAAGAUGUUUAAUCUGUAAUAAAACUAAUUUUUAUACAAUGCAAAUUCUUUUUUUUUUUUUUAACAAGAUGAUUCUUACUUAAUAAAAGUGUCUUUUUUAUAUGUUAAACAAAAUAUGUGGACUAUGAGUAUAUAUAUGUAAACUUUUUCAAAAAAGGAAUGUUAAAUAUUUUUGGUUGGUUGCUGAUGUGGAAACUUGUUUAAUGAAUUUUGAAGUAUUUUCUCUUGAUCUAGCUGUGACUUUGUGAUUGAAAAAUUAACAAAACUGAAAUUAUAUUUCAUGUUACCAAAGGUGAUUCAUGUGCACUAUGCAUAAAUAUUAUCGAAAAUUACUUUAUCAAAUGUGUGAUGAAAUUUUAUCAUUUUUGUAAAAAGUGUUUGAUUUGUUUAAAUGUGUAUAUAAAUUUAUUUAAGUGUAAUUAAUAGUACUAAACAAAAUAUGAAGGAAAUUAAUUGGUUUCUUGCUGUACAUUGCUGUUGAAUUUUUUGCGAAAAUAUUUUGGUAUGAAUAAGGUAAUAACGAUGUUUUGAACAUAAGUAAUAGUUGUAUAGUUAAACAAUAGUCCACUUCAACCUAGUCAUUUAUUUAACUAAUAGGUGUAUAUUCAUAGUAUUUUAUUUUAGUCUAUUUCUAGUUCUGUUAAUGUUGUUAUUUCCUUUUGUAAGGAUGGCUAUUUCUUAAAAUUCAGAAAGCUCAAACUUGCCAGAAGUGCCUCAAUAAAACAUAUGCAAAAUAAUAAUUAUGAUAUUUCAUACUAGGUAAAUGAUGCAUGGUUUUAUGUUGAGAAUUUGUCUGAUUUUAUAAGAUUGAGCAUUAUUAUUACUCUGUAUUAUGUCUUAAUACGAAACUAAAGGCUGCAUAAGUUGAAAAUAGAUUUAUUUGAAUAAUGAAUAUUCUUUGUGUAAAAUUAUUAUGUGUAGCAAACAAAGAAUUUUCAUCAGAUUUGGUACCUAAUAUUGGCCAUCCUUUUCAUUCUGUAAUUGCUUACUGUUUGUAAUUUAAAUUAGUAUAUAUUUGAAUUUGCAUUGUAUCACUAUAAAUUUAAAAAUUAAUGAUUCCUUUUUAUUUAUAGCUUCUGUAAUAAUUGGUAGUUUGAGUAAUGUAUUUAUUUAUUGUCCAAUCAUUUGAAUUAAAUUUACAGUCAAAAGAAUUUGUUUUUAAACUGAAAUUUGAUUUUCACUGAAAAUUUGAUUGGAUAAAGUAUAUAUAAAAUUAUUUUUUAAAUUAUAAGUGAUGUGCCAAGGCAUUGGAUGUAAGUAUUUUUUGUUAAAAAUGUGAUAACAUUGUAUGAAUUUCAUAUUCGAUAUCUUAUUUCAAUAAUAAAUGUUUUGUGUUCUGUACA